AAAAUUAACAGCACGCAGAAGUUAGCAGAGUUCAUUCAAGAGAAGUAUGACCCAGAGAAUUCAGGCUUCAUCAGUACUGAGCGUUUCCGAGACCUGCUUGCGGCUCAUGGAUCAGAACUGGACCCCCAGAAGCUGGAGGUUCUUCUUGCCCUGGCUGACGGAAAUGCUGAUGGAAAGAUCUGCUACCAGGAUUUUGUUAACCUGAUGAGCAAUAAGCGCUCAAACAGUUUCCGUCGAGCGAUCCUGCAGGGAAGUCGGCAGCUCAGGAAUUCCGCGCUAAGAGAGGAAGUGGGCUUGGGUCUGUCUCGAAGACUUGUGCGUCAUGUUGCCUAUGAGACUUUGCCAAGAGAGGUGGACCGCAAGUGGUACUUUGACAGUUACACCUACUGUCCACCACCAUGGCUUAUGCUGGCCAUCACUAUAGCAGAGGUUGUUGUCUUUAUGUAUUACGGAUUCCAACUUAACCGCUGGGUUCUGCAAGUCUCAUCACCAUACUUCCUGAAGGGCCCAUUGCCAUACCACCCGCAGCUCAGAGCUCAGGCCUGGCGCUACCUUAGCUACAUCUUCAUGCACGCAGGAAUUGAACACCUGGGUCUAAAUAUGGCCAUGCAACUUUUGGUGGGUGUGCCAUUAGAGAUGGUCCACGGAGCUUUGAGAAUCGGCCUGGUUUAUGUGUGUGGUGUACUGGCAGGUUCAUUGGCAGUGUCAGUGACGGACAUGACAGCACCUGUGGUCGGUUCAUCAGGUGGAGUCUACGCUCUGGUCUCCGCCCACCUAGCCAACGUUGUCAUGAACUGGUCAGGAAUGAAGUGUCAGUUCAAGCUCUUUCGCAUGGCAAUGGCUCUGGUGUGCAUGAGUGUGGAGUUUGGUCGUGCCGUCUGGCUUCGGUUCUAUCCCCCAGCCUUCCCACCAUGCCCUAAUCCCAGCUUUGUGGCCCACCUUGGGGGUGUGGUAGUGGGCCUCACCCUUGGCGUUGUAGUUCUUCAGAACUAUGAACAGCGUUUGCAGGAACAGUCCUUGUUCUGGAUCUUCUUCAGUGUCUACACGCUCUUUAUCUUCUGUGGAAUCUUCUGGAACAUUUUUGCUUACAGUCUCUUGGAUGUCAAGUUACCCCCACCUCCAUGAGGCCCAGAGUGUGUGUUUGUGUGUGCGAAAUGACAGGCAACAUCAUUUAACAGUUGUAAAGGUCAUAAAUGAGAAACAAAUGCUAAGUACCUUACUGCAGUCCUCCUGCAAUUUUGUAGUUUGUGUUAGUGCCUAAACCAUGCCAAGUCAUCAAAGCAGCUAAAACAGCAGAAUCCGGUUUUUAAGCAAUGGUGAAUGUAAAUUUGCAGGAGAAGCUCAAAGGUUGAUGCGUUUUACAGCUACAUACUUUGUGCGAGCCAUCGGGGGCUAUCAGCGAUAGCACAAGUAUUCAUUUCAAAAUAAACUUGGGUUUAGUAGCAGCUGCUGGCUUGUCAGCUUUUCAAGGUGCCAGGUAAAAUGGUUUUCAGUUGUUGAAGGAAUGAAUAUAUUCCUUUAAAGCACAGAAUCCGAGGUUGCAUGAGCAAAGAGAAAUAUCAGUGUUUUAUGAGGACAUUUUAGUAAGUGUUCUAUAUUUUUAUAAACAUCUAAAUAUAAGUACAUGAGGUAGUAUGAGCACUGUUACAGCUCAUUGUGUGUGAAGGGCCUUUAAAAAUUAUUUAAGAUUAACCGAAGUAGCAAGUAACAGCUAGAUUAAUUUACAAACAAAAUGUGUUAUUUUCUGAUAAAUGUUUCAAUGUUAAAAGGUCAGUUUAAAAUAGCUGCAAUCCCUUACUAUUCUCAGUGGCGGUCUACGACA